AGUCUGAGGUUAGUUAGAAGAAACGUUGCAAAAUGAAAAUUUAGAAAUUAGUACCGUAUCCGGUCAGUACAUGCAUACGUAUCCAAUAUUACUAAGGUAGGAAUAAUGGAACUGUAGUUAGGUGCACAUUGCUAUGAUCAAUCCUUUGGUUUCGUUACACUGUUUACUUAUAAUGUUCUAUGUAUCGGAAAUAGUUAUCGUUAUUGAUUAACUUGAAUAAUAUGGCUUGUAAUAUUACACAUGUAUAUAUGUCCAAGUUGUUGUUACAAUUAAGCGACUGUUAUUCACACGAGUUAUCGGCAUACUCAGCUUUGCUAAUCGCUAUGCUUCUUUUUCAACUACUAUUCGUAUCGCUUGUUGUCAUGUGAACCUAGGUAGAAAGGCGUAGCCUGAGUUAUAUUUUUAAUAUAAAUACUUGCAUGUUUUUAUUUCAAUUCGGAUACAGAUCUAGAAAAUUCUAGUCAUGAGGAAUAAAUUUCCAGAAAAAUUAUUUUCAUCAAGUAUUCAAUGCGCUACAAAAAGAAUUUUUGAUUGUCUUAUAGACAUUGAAGAUGAAGUAUCUAUGCAACGAAUCGUGAGAGAUUUUAUUGUCAACGCUUGUUUGCCUAGAAGUCUGCUUCUUAGAGUCGUACGACUGCUUCUGAUAUACCUAGAUAGAGGGUAUAACGUAUUUCCAAUCAACGGAAGCAAGGGAGAGGUCGAAGAAUCCGCGAGAACUAAAAGUCACGUUACGAACGGAGAUGUAAACAAUUUAGGCCGAAGACAACGGUCUGUGAAGAUUAUCAAAGCGCUGAUUCAUUGUAUUUUAUCCAGUUGGGGAGAUAAACAAUUAUUGCCGCAAUAUUUUUUUCAAGAUGACGGCGUUUCGAGUAGAACAUUAUCCUUACGGGGUCGACAAACAGUACUUGUGCAUAUAGUAGAAUCAUUUGUUUGCUGGUCGGAUAUUAUGGGAUCUGGUGAAUUACAAAGUUGCGACGUGUGUGCUAAUAGCGAAAAAUGGCCUUGUCCUCCAAAAACCCUCAACUUACGUUCCGAACAUGGUAAUUGGAGUGGAACGAGAACAGCCAUGGCUGCAAUAAGCUCUAUUAUUAAAUCUGAAACAACAAAUAGUAGAAUUUUUGAACCCGAUCAAAGAUGCUUCAAAUGCAAGAGAAAUACGACUAACACAACAUAUAAAAUGACACCUCGUGAUUCUAAACGACCAGUUAUUAAUAUGGAUAUUGUUCUGAUGGGUUCCAUUCAAGACUGGGUAGUAGAUGUUCUACUAUUCGUUCUUCGGAAUUCGUCGUCAAAAGGAUUUGACAUUGAAAUUUCAUCAAUACGAUCUGAAGAUGUAGAUUUGUAUAAAUUGUGCGAAAUCAUUCGAAGUUUGAGGAUGCCCCACAAAGUACAAUCUUUGGAAUUACGAAUGAAAGAUCCCAGAUCCAUCUUUACUGCAUCGCACGUUUUUCGAACUUUAACUGGUUUGCAGUCCUUCAAAUUUGCGCAUCUCUGGCGACGAGCGACGCAAAGGACCGAACUUACAACACAAGAGUGUAUUCGACUAAGGGAUGACAUUUUGCAGCAUUGGAAAGACCUGAGCAAAAUAAGAUUGGAGGGAAUAGUUUUGUUCUCCGAUUUUACGAGUACCAAUCAAGCCUUAACUGCAUUCCUUAAUCCAAACAUGCAGUAUCUCGAAUUUUCCUAUGAUAGCUUAUCAGAACAAACCUUAGAUUGGAUCCUCCAUUGGAAUAAGAAUUCGAUAAGAAACCAAGACGGAUGCCAUCUCGAACAACAACAGAAAUAUCCUCGCAUGGUUUGCAACAAUAUCCAUACUAUGAGAUUUGACAACGAAGCACUGCUUAGCGCAAACGCAAAUUCCUUCUCUAAAUUCUUAGCCUUGUUGAAAAAUUCUUGCCAAUUCUUGAAAACAUUGGAAAUCAAUCAAUGUGGCUUUACCGAAAGCCAGGCAAAACAAACCCUAUCUCAAUUUCUGGAUUUCGACAACAAGCAAACAGAUUUAUUCGAACCAAGCGACGCAUAUACGUUUAAUUUGCCAUUAGAGCACUUCACUUUCCGCGAAAGGAGAUUAAGUGCGAAAGUUAUAUUAGACAUGUUUACUUCACUUUGCGCGGCUAAAAGAAACCAUCUUUCCAGUUUUGCGUAUUUUGGUGUUUUAAGCCCCAAAAGAAGCGACGUGUUCUGGCAAGGCCAAUCCCCCACAAAAAGCUUAGAGAGCUGGGUAUGUCCAUUUGAACUUUCUAUGAAUAAAAUAUCAAAACAACAUCAUUGUUCCCAUGUAUAUUGCGACGUGUUUUGGGAGCCAUGCGAAGACGACACACUCUAGGCAAGUUCUCACAAUUUAAACUUCAAUGAUUAUAUCUAUUUCCAUGAUUCUGUUUAAUGUUUCUAAUGCUGUACAGAGCUUACAACUAAAAAGAAAAUAUUUCAUUGAAUUGUGCUCAUUUUCCAUGUGUAUUUAUUCUAAUUAGCGCCGAUUAAAUUUCAUGUAUUUUGCACUUAUUAUUACAAUUGUACGUUAUAUUAAACCAUACCCUAUUUAUCCAAUUAUUUA